UCUAAGAAAUUCCCAUUCAGCAAACCCACCAAAAUAGUUUUCUUUUCUGAAAAUUCCAAACACCAAUCCAAUGCAGGACACCAUAGUACUGUGCCCAGCUCCAGGCGUGGGCCACGUAGUCUCCAUGGUAGAGCUAGGCAAGCUUAUCCUCCACCGCUACGGCAACCAAUUCUCCGUAGCCAUCCUCCUUAUCACCGUCGAAUUCUUGGAAACCCCGGGCCUCAUCUCUUACGUCAACACCAUCUCUCAAACCUACCCUUCUAUCUCCUUCCGCCGUUUCCCUCCUGUCCCCUACGACGCCACCCUCUCUCGCAGCCGCGUUGCCAUAGUCUUUGAGUGCAUACUCCUUAACAAGCCCUAUGUUCUUGAGUUUCUUCAAGAAAUCUCCAAGGAAUGUAAUAUUUGCGCUUUUGUUAUUGACCUCUUCUGCACUUCUGCUCUUUCUGUAGGUAAAGAUCUCAAAAUCCCCACUUACUAUUUUUUCGCUUCUGGUGCUGCUUGUCUUUCUUCCUUCUUAUAUUUCCCUAAAAUCCAUGAACAACACACCAAGAGCUUCAAAGAUCUCGCAGGCACUCUUCUUAAUUUCCCUAACUUGCCACCUCUCAAAGCUAUUCACAUGCCAGAACCAAUGCUUUCUAGAGAUGAUCCUGCCUAUUAUGAUAUGCUAUACUUUUGUUCCAAUCUCCCAAAAGCUGAUGGAAUUAUUGUUAAUUCCUUUAAUGAUCUCGAGCCAAAAGCCAUCAAGACAAUUGCAGAUGGAGUAUGCGUUCCUGAUGCAUCAACCCCUCCUAUUUACUGUAUUGGACCUUUGAUUGCUGAGGGUAGUAGUAGUGCUUCUGCAGCUCAACAUGAUUGCCUAUCUUGGCUUGAUAAACAACCAAGCAAGAGUGUGGUGUUUCUGUGCUUUGGAAGCCGUGGAUCUUUCUCUAUAGAACAAGUUAAAGAGAUGGCUAAUGGUUUGGAGAGAAGCGGCCAAAGGUUCAUGUGGGUAGUGAAAAAUCCACCAUAUGAUGAGAAAAGUAAGCAGACAACUGAUAUGAGCGAUUUUGAUUUGGAAGGAAUGUUGCCAGACGGGUUCUUGAACAGAGUUAAAGAUAGAGCCAUGGUGGUGAAGUCAUGGGCACCACAAGUAGCAGUGCUGAAUCAUGACUCGGUUGGCGGGUUCGUUACACACUGUGGGUGGAACUCGGUGUUAGAAGCGGUGGUUGCAGGGGUGCCGAUGGUGGCAUGGCCGGUAUAUGCUGAGCAACAUCUUAAUAGGAAUGUGUUGGUGGAGGAUAUGAAGAUGGCGAUUGGAGUCGAGCAGAGAGACGAGGAUGGGUUUGUGAGAGGGGAUGAGUUGGAGAGACGAGUGCGAGAGCUGAUGGAGUCGAACAAGGGGAGAGAACUGAGAGAAAAGAGCUGGAAGAUGAGAGGGAGAAGUUUAGAGGCUUGGGCCGAGUCUGGUUCUUCCACUACAGCUCUUGCUAGGUUAGUUGCGCAAUGGAAGCAAAGUCCAUGACUCCGACAAACCAAAUCCCUGGUUAGACCUACUUGAUCGUAGAAUAAUAUGUACUUGUCUGUGUCUGCUAUAAUAUGUACUUGUCUGUAUCUGUUUACCAUGGAAUUAUGCAAAUAUGUAGGAUUGAAUGGAUUUAAUAAAUAUAUUUUGCCAUAUAUUUUAUA